ACAACGACCCAUGAACACAAAACACAAUACCUAGAAAUGGAAAAUUUCACAAAUACUUCAAAACUUUCAUUACUUUCAAUAAUUCUCGUUCUCUUUUCAUUAUUUUCAUGGCGAGCAACUUCAGAUUCCGUCCAUGAAAACUUCCUCCAUUGUCUUCUCAACCAUUCUCAGCCUUCUCAUCCAAUCUCCCCCGCCAUUUUCACUCCACAAAACGCCUCGUUUUCGUCUGUAUUGCAGUCCUAUAUCCGGAAUCUCCGCUUCAACUCAACUUCAACUCCCAAACCUUUCCUCAUUCUCACUGCAUUGCAUGAAUCUCACGUCCAGGUUGCCGUCAAUUGUGCCCGUGAACACGGCCUGCAGAUGAAAAUCAGAAGCGGCGGCCAUGACUACGAGGGCUUAUCUUAUGUCUCCGAAGUCCCGUUCUUCGUCCUCGACAUGUUUAAUCUUCGCGCCGUUGAUGUUGACAUCGAAAGCAACAGUGCCUGGGUUCAGACGGGGGCUAUUCUUGGAGAAGUUUAUUAUAAAAUUGCAGAGAAAAGUAAAACUCACGGCUUCCCAGCCGGGGUUUGUCCCACAGUUGGUGUUGGCGGGCACAUUAGCGGUGGCGGAUAUGGGAACAUGAUGAGAAAAUACGGGGUCACUGUCGAUAAUAUCAUCGAUGCAAGGCUUGUUGAUGCUAAUGGGAGGCUUCUGGAUAGAAAAUCCAUGGGGGAAGAUUUGUUUUGGGCUAUCAGAGGAGGCGGAGGAGCCAGUUUCGGAGUCAUUAUUGCUUAUAAAAUCAACCUUGUUCAAGUUCCGGAAAAAGUUAACUCUUUUCUGGUGAGAAGAACUCUCGAACAAAAUCUAACCGAGAUUGUGGAUCGUUGGCAACAUGUUGCGUAUAUACUUCCUGAAGAGCUCUUCGUCCGACUCACAUUAGACGUGGUUAAUAAGACUGUCAGGGGAAACUUCUGGGGAUUUUAUCUCGGUGGCUCUGAAAAACUUCUCUCGAUUAUGAACAAGAGCUUUCCUCAACUGGGUUUAACUCAAUCCGACUGUGUUGAAUCGAGCUGGAUUGAAUCCGUAGUUUUCUGGGGAGGUUUUGAUUCAGGAACUUCAACAAAUAUUUUACUAAACCGCACGCCGGCGCUGAGUUUCCUGAAGAGAAAGUCGGACUAUGUGAAAAAGCCGAUUCCUAGAGAUGGCCUGGAAGGAAUCUGGAAGAAAAUGAUUGAACUAGAGACAACAAUGCUGACAUUCAAUCCUUACGGAGGUCGAAUGGCGGAGAUUGCGGCAUCGGCGACGGCAUUUCCGCACAGAGCUGGAAACUUAUGGAUGAUGCAGUACUUAGUGAACUGGAAUCAAUCAGGGAGUGAGGCAGCAAAUUUUUAUUUGGGUUUGAUUCGGGAGCUUUAUAAUCACAUGACUCCAUUUGUGUCCAAGAAUCCGAGGCAGGCGUUUCUGAAUUACAGAGACAUUGAUUUGGGGGUCAAUCACAAUGGAAAUAGGAGCUACUUGGAAGGAAGGGUUUAUGGGAUCAAGUAUUUUAAGGGAAAUUUCGAGCGGUUGGUGAAGAUCAAGACUAAGGUUGAUCCUGAUAAUUUCUUCAGGAAUGAACAAAGCAUUCCAGUUCUUCCUCACCAGCUAGGUUAAUAUUUAAUUAAUCUAAGUAAAAUAAGAAUUUAUAGAAAGCUGAUUUGUUAAUUGUGGUGAUGUUUUAUAGAUGUUUGGUUAAUGCUUGUAAAAUUAAAUAUUUGUUGGUUCUUAUCCUUGUUGAAUAUUACUUUAAUAAAUAAAAGAAUUGUUUAUUUAAA